AUGGAAUCUUUGUGGAAGAAUAAUACUUGGAUCAUUGUGGAUCGACCCAAAGACAAGAAGGUCAUAAGUAAUCGAUGGCUAUACAGGCUGAAACCAGGGAUUCCGGGAGUAGAACUUAAAAGGCACAAGGCUCGGUUAGUGGCUAGAGGUUUUACUCAACAAGAGGGAAUCGAUUAUGAUGAAGUCUUUGCACCUGUAGUAAAGCACAUUUCAAUCAGAAUAUUGAUGUCGCUGGUGGUGCAAGAAGACAUGGAGCUUGAACAAAUGGAUGUUAAGACAUCAUUCUUACAUGGAGAUCUAGAUCAAGAGCUCUACAUGGAGCAACCUGAGGGAUUUGAGGUAAACCCUGGAAAAGAUCAAGUUUGUUUGUUGAAGAAAUCUCUUUAUGGGUUAAAGCAAGCUCCACGUCAAUGGAACAAGAAGUUUGAUACAUUCAUGAAAAAUCAAAAGUUUACUAGAAGUGGACAUGAUCUGUGCAUGUAUGUGAAAGAAGUUGGGAAUGAAGAGUAUGUCUAUCUAUUGCUGUAUGUGGACGACAUGUUACUUGCUGCUAAGAGUAUGUCAGAGGUAAACAAGCUUAAAGAGGUUAUGAGUCUUGAGUUUGAGAUGAAAGACAUGGGUGCAGCAAGUCGAAUUCUAGGUAUUGACAUCAAGAGGAACAGAGAAGAAGGUACUCUUACUUUGUCUCAGUCAAACUACUUAGAGAAGGUUAUACAGCGAUUCAGUAUGGGUGGCGCAAAGGUGGUUAACACACCCAUUGGAGCACAUUUUAAGCUUUCAUCCAUCAAAGAUGAUUAUGAGCGUAUUGAUACAGAAUCUGUGCCUUGA